CACUACAACUCAAAAAGUUCUCAAGAUGAACAAGAUUGUCUUUGUUAUUCUGCAAACUGUCCUCCAAUUGGUAGGCAGUACUUCACUGAGGUUCAUCAAACCAAAUGUACUGGCUUUGGAGGUGUCAGAUUUGUCCAGUACUGAAGUGUCGGUUCAUUGUGGAGAGCAGUUUGAGGGAGAAGGCAUUUACUGGGAGAGGAAUGAGGAACGCAUCGUUGAGAUUGGAAACCACAUCACUGUUACGAUAGAUGGUUUGCUUGGAGGAAACUUUACAUGUCACAGACCAAAUGGAGAUCUCCUGAAUUACACACUACUACUGGUCCAUCCAGUCGGGUUUCUUAAGGGUGGAGUUCUAACGCAAUCCAAUGACAGAGAAUAUGUUUCUUGUACUGCAAGAAACUACAGUGGACAUUUUCAUUGCUCCUGGAACUGGCACAAGCAAAGGACCCAAAGAGCUGUGGUAUAUUUUGCAGCAAUCCGAAAUUCUAUUGUCAUCAACUGCACUCUGGACUCUGAUAUCUCAGGACUGACCUGUAUUGACCAAGAAUACUGUCCAUACUCUGAGGAGUCUAGGAGCAUCAGUCUCACGCUGUUUGUCAGAAAUCUAUACCGUUUGGAGGAGCACCACAGGAGUUUCCUCAUUCAAGACAUUGUCAAGCCAGAUAAAGUCAAUAUUACCAAGUUCCAAGAUGACAUGUUUGAGUGGUGCCCCCCUGAAACAUGGAGUUUCCCCUGCAGUUUCUUUCCCCUGACCUAUGAGGUGAAAGUAGUUCCUCACAACUACAGCUGUGACUACACGGGAGGUCAUGUUGAAAAAUAUGAAAUCAGCAAGACACAAUACAAGGUGAACAACAACAAGAAGAAAUAUACCUUCUGCGUGCGAGCACAGGACCCCUUAACUAAAAAAGCUUGGAGUGACUGGAGCCAGUAUCAUCAGUAAAAAAAAACGGCACAGCUUAGAGCAAUAAAAGGUCAGCUCAAGGGAACACAGCACUCGGCUUAAUAGUACUUGCAUCUGCUUUCUAUUCAUGAACAUUUUACAGCAAACAUAUUUCUAUUUUUGUAUUAUUGACGUGAUGAAAUUUGUGCAAUAAUUUUCCAAAAAAAUACUUUAUUUUGAAAAAUAUUCCUUUAAAGAUGUUUAGUUGUAUCCAAGGUUGUCAGAUGGUAUAUGAUUUGUCUUAUUUAUAUGCA